CUAUGGCUGCAGAAAAGAUCUUGGAGACCCUGGAUCACUAUAAAUCGGAGAUUGAGCGGCUGACCAAAGAGCUGACAGAGACUACCCAUGAAAAGAUCCAGGCGGCUGAAUAUGGGCUGGUGGUCUUGGAAGAGAAGCUGACCCUUAAACAGCAGUACGAUGAGCUGGAAACGGAAUAUGAUGUCCUCAAACAGGAGCUGGAGCAGCUGAGGGAGGCAUUUGGACACUCAUUCUCAGUCCACCGUAAAGUAGCUGAAGAUGGUGAGACCAGGGAAGAGACACUCCUUCAGGAGUCGGCAUCAAAGGAAGCUUACUACCUUGGGAAGAUUUUGGAAAUGCAGAAUGAGCUGAAGCAAAGUAGAACUGUGGUUACCAACGUUCAAGCAGAGAAUGAACGACUGACAGCAAUUUUGCAGGACUUGAAAGAGAACAACGAAAUGGCAGAGCUGCAGAGAAUUAGGAUGAAAGAUGAAAUCCGAGAGUAUAAAUUCAGGGAGGCACGGCUUCUUCAGGAUUACACUGAACUUGAAGAAGAAAACAUUACUUUGCAAAAGCUGGUUUCCACACUGAAGCAGAAUCAGGUUGAAUAUGAAGGCUUGAAACAUGAGAUAAAACGAUUUGAAGAAGAAACGGUGUUGCUUAAUAGUCAGCUAGAAGACGCCAUCCGGUUGAAGGAGAUUGCAGACCAUCAGCUAGAAGAAGCCCUGGAAACAUUAAAGAAUGAAAGGGAGCAGAAGAACAAUCUGAGGAAGGAACUGUCUCAGUAUAUCAAUUUAAAUGAUAGCAUGUACAAUAAUCACAUUAAUAUCUCAGUAGAUGGAUUAAAGUUUGGAGAAGAUGGGAAUGAACCUAAUAACGAUGACAAGAUGAAUGGACACAUUCAUGGACCUCACAUGAAGCUGAAUGGGGAUUUUCGGACGCCCAGCGUCAGGAAAGGAGAAUCGUUGCACCCGGUCUCUGAUCUCUUCAGUGAGCUGAACAUCUCCGAAAUGCAGAAACUGAAGCAGCAGCUCAUGCAGGUGGAGCGUGAGAAAGCUAUUCUGCUGGCUAAUCUUCAGGAAUCUCAGACCCAGCUGGAGCACACCAAAGGGGCCCUCACUGAGCAGCACGAACGAGUCCAUAGGCUCACUGAACACGUCAACGCAAUGAGGGGUCUGCAAAGCCACAAAGAGUUGAAAGAAGUCGAUUUUGAAAAAGGCCGAGAUUCUGGGGAAGAAACCCAUGAUUAUGAAGUGGACAUCAAUGGCUUGGAGAUCCUAGAGUGUAAAUACAAAGUAGCUGUUACCGAGGUGAUUGACCUCAAAGCUGAAAUCAAAGCCUUAAAAGAGAAGUACAAUAAAUGUGUUGAAAACUACACCGAGGAAAAGGACAAGUACGAGAGCAAGAUCCAAAUCUAUGACGAGCAGGUCUCCAGCUUGGAAAAGUCAACGAAGGAAAGCCAUGAGAAAAUGGUACAGAUGGAAAAGGAGCUGCAAAGGAUUACAGGCGUUGCCAACGAGAACCAUAAUACCCUCAAUGCCGCCCAAGAUGAGCUGGUGACUUUCAGCGAAGAGCUGGCUCAGCUCUAUCAUCAUGUCUGUCUCUGUAACAAUGAGACUCCUAAUAGGGUUAUGCUGGAUUACUACAGGCAAAGUCGAGUUACUAGAAGUGGGAGCUUAAAGGGACCUGAUGAUCCAAGAGGACUCCUUUCUCCACGCCUUGCCAGGAGAGGAACGGCACUCCCUGUAGAAGUCAGGGUGCCAACAGAACAGGGUUCAAAAGAGAGCACAGAAGCCAAUAAAGAGCCAAGUCCAACAAAGACCCCCACUAUUUCUCCUGUCAUUACAGCCCCUCCUUCUUCCCCGGUUUCUGACACCAGUGACAUUCGGAAAGAGCCCAUGAAUAUUUACAACCUCAAUGCCAUAAUACGGGACCAAAUCAAGCACUUGCAGAAAGCGGUAGACCGGUCACUGCAGCUGUCCCGGCAGCGUGCAGCAGCCCGUGAACUGGCACCCAUGAUUGAUAAGGACAAGGAGGGUUUAAUGGAAGAAAUAAUGAAACUAAAGUCCCUGCUGAGUACAAAACGGGAACAGAUAGCAACCCUCCGGGCAGUGUUGAAAGCCAACAAGCAGACAGCAGAAGUGGCCCUGGCGAACCUGAAGAAUAAAUAUGAGAACGAGAAAGCCAUGGUAACAGAAACGAUGACUAAACUGCGCAAUGAAUUAAAAGCUUUGAAAGAAGAUGCAGCAACCUUCUCAUCCUUGAGAGCCAUGUUUGCAACCAGAUGUGAUGAGUAUGUCACCCAGUUGGAUGAGAUGCAGAGACAAUUGGCAGCUGCAGAGGAUGAGAAAAAAACCUUAGAUUCUUUGCUGAGGAUGGCUAUCCAGCAAAAACUCGCCCUGACUCAACGCUUGGAAGACUUAGAGUUUGAUCAUGAGCAGUCCCGGCGGAGCAAAGGCAAAUUUGGGAAAACCAAGAUCGGCAGCCCUAAAAUUGUCAGCAGCCUGCUGCCUCACUACCGCCACACGGCUCACAACUAACCAGGAGGCAACGCUGUCAGACUGUCAGUCCUGAUGUAGCUCUUCCAGAAGAACAGCCACAUUCCAGCUCCCAAUAUACCCCUCCUGUCAGCUGUCUAAAGCCGCCUCCUUAACAUCGUACUUCAUACGCAACCUAAGAGUUUGGGGAAAAUCUCACCACACGGACUGAAUUCGAGUUCUUACAGCAAAGGAAGAGUUUGUGUCAAGCAUGACUGCCUUGUUGCUGCUGCUGAAUCCAGACACCAUCUACAGUCUUAAACAAAGAAAAAGGCAUGUGGAAAAGCUUUAAAGCACAGUGCCCAGACUGCUGAAAAUCUUCAAGGUUCCUCUGUGUCCAUCAUCUGAUCAAAACUACACAAUGGAAGUCAGACUUGUUCCUUGCAGUUGUUUGGCUAGGACUACUAAUGUGCCGGGAACCUAGACUCCUAUUGAAGCAAAGCAAAGAAAGUAUGCUACCAAUCUUAUUUUGCCCAUUCAGCUCAAGCUACUGACUCCAUGUUUCUUUCUGUGGUUUAAAUGGCAUUUUAUUUUUUAUUUUUUUUCUGACAUAUUUGCACCAAAAAGUAUGGUUAUUAGAAAUGAUGCGUUGAUGGAUUUCUGCCACUUGUUUUUCUUAAAGUAAUAUGGAGAUAAUUACAUCGAGAUUU